AGGGUUAAUAAAGGGUGCCAUCUCAUCUGUUAGCCUCACUCUGCACAUGCAUUUUGGCUUGUGACAGUCAACGGAGAAGGAAGACAACUUGUAAACAGCAUGGCUUUCGUUCGGGCCUUGUGCUUUGUCCUGUUAGUGGGUUUUGCCGCGGCAUGUCAACCAGACUGCUCGUCGAAGUGCCCACCUAAAUGUCCACCGAUGUGGACUCUCUACAAUGGCAACUGCUACCGGUACUUCGGCACUGGCACGACCUAUGAUGAAGCUGAGAGCCACUGCCAGGAGUUCACUGAAGUCGGCCAGGGUCACCUUGCGUCCAUAGCCAGCGCCGAGGAGAAUAAUCUGCUCCUGACGAUGUGGAAGUCGGUCCGCACAACUACAACAGGCGGCCUGUGGAUCGGCUUGAAUGACCAGGCAGAGGAAGGGAAGUACAUCUGGACAGAUGGAUCAGCGGUUACCUUCACCGACUGGGCUUCAACCCAGCCCGACAACUCCCAAAAUGCUGAGGACUGUGCUCACAUGCGGCAUGAGCUAGAUGGCGAUGACAGAUGGAAUGACAUCGGAUGCAGCAGAGCGUUCGCCUACAUGUGCAAGAUGUCAACUACAAAUUAAAUCGACCCCGCAAUGGAUGACCACGGAGAUGCGUCAGAACAUAAUGCCACACCAAACCUGCAAAGCCCUCGCAAUCGAUGGCAUCGGCUAUGAUCUUACCAAACUGUCUCACCAAACUAACACUCACAAACAGAAUCACUUAAAGGUUGAAUUUCUUUGUAGAGACUGCUCUGCUGUCAGGCUAUACACGGUGAAAAAGAAAUCGUUUUAAGACUUAACCCACUUUGCAUCUUUGUGGCUUCAACGUUUACGAACCUGCAGGAUUCGAGUUUAACAUUUAGUAUUUAGCCUUUGCUCGUUUUACCAGGUGUCCAGGUUUAAUAUUGAGAAGUAUGGACGAAGACCAAACGCAACGGUGAACUAAUCAGCUGUUGUACUUUAAAAGGGUAGGGUAAAUCAAAUAUUCAUUUUGUGCAUUUGGUUUCGUUUAAAGCAAUAAAGGUGUUGAAAAUGUUAAGACGGAACUUAACAACUAACCUGGUGAAAUUUUUAGAGCUGUGAAUGAUGCUUAUUCCAAGAAAACAAUUUUCUAGGAUCUUGGUUUCAAAUCAAACAGUUGCCGAGUCAUGUUUUGCAUUGGGCCUAAAAUCAACGUCCGGGACACGUUUUCAUUCAACCGAUUGCAGCUACGCGAUGUCAGACACUGAACUGACAAAUAAUAGCAACAGAGGGCGCGAGUUCGUCCUGUCAACGUCGGAGCGCACCCAUUCACGGCUUCCACAAAUUACAAACCAACUAUACUAACGGAUAUUUCCAAAAAUACGUCUCUAGACGCAUCUUUGGGAAUGACUUUCUUUUACCCUUUUAUUCAAGAUAACAGUAUGCCCGAAAGAGUGCCAUUACCGUGUCUUUAAACAAAGUAAGCUUUUCAACAUUAAGUUGGUCAUCCGUGUCCGUUACCUUCUGGAUAGCUGCAAAUGAUCUACUCUUACCUUGAACACCAAUGACAUUAUCUCCAUAAAGCAAGGAACCAACGAACUGUGAUGUGUCUCGGAACUACAACGCACAAAGAAUCAUUCAAUUCAAAAUACGAUUCCUCAUGUUACGGACUCCAGCAGAAAUAGCAAGCUGACUAUACUGGACACCUUAUUUUUAAUUUUUAAUUCAUUUACUGUUUAAUUUAUAUCUAAAAUCUUUUUUUUUUGGCUGUUUAAUGUUCAAUUUCUUCUAAGUUUCUUGUUGAAAUUAUCUCCAGGAUAUAAUGCUUUUGCAGUUUCUAUAACAUGUCUUGUUCAUUACGUCAAAGUACAACAAAACUCAAAAGGUGAGAUGUUGAUGGACUAAUUCAAAGCAAAUUGCUUCCUAAAAUAAAACAAAUCCAGUAAAUUUUACAUGACACAGACUAAACUAGGGUUAAUCUUUUGAAACGAGAUUCAUAAGAAUUGAUGUUAAUUGACGGUGCUUGACGUUCCCACCAACAAAUUAUCACUGUAACGAUGACAGGAAAUGUUGAAUUGGUGUCGUGAAAUUUGAAAUUUUACAUUUCCUUUCAUCGUUAUCCCCGAUUGCUGUCUCUCAAUACAAUUUCAAUUUGUUUUUCUUAAUUUGUGCAUUUUACUUUUUGUUUUGUGAUUCUUUAAGUUUGUUUAAUCUUAUUUUCUUUGGUUUAAUUUUCUUUGUCAUCUUACAUGACUGAUCUUCUCUUUCAUCCUGAAUUAUCGUAGAUUAAAAAUGUCGCAUGAAA